UUUUAGCUCGGCUUCUAUACCCGAACGGGUUGCCGUCCUGCAGUUCUCAUCCUGGUUUGUUGGAAGGUGAACGUGAUCGGACGCCGGUUUCCUGUCACAUCUUUACCAGUAUCCAAACCGUAUACCAAAAGGAUACAGCAGUUGCUUCAUGGUGGGUUCAACGCGAACUGCGGUCGUGACUUGCACGUGGCGGGUGAAAAAUAGAAGAAAAAGAUAAAAACGUGUCGGGAAAAAGCAAGAAACAAAAUAAUAAAACAAGAGAACGGAGGAGAGCAAUUACUGCGCAACUCCAUCGGUCCACAGUACGUCGGCGAUACGUCAAUCCUGACAUGACUGUGGGUUUCAAAUCACCAAAUCACUUUGUAAUGGUGUUCGUGUCAUGUGAAUGUGGAUGAAACCAGGCGCCCCGCGUGUUCGCCGACCACACCACGUGUCACGGAAUAGGGAGGGAGUCCGAAUCCUGAUCCAUGGUAUAAUCAAAGUGUCUGUCGGUAUUUGUGCAGGAGGAAUCAGCCGACGCGGUUCGCAUCCAGGAGCUUUACGAUCCGACAAACAAGAAUAGCUAGAGGCUGCCUGAGGACGAUUUCGGAAGGAUCAAGAUCCAGAGGGUACGACCCACUUAUACUGAAGAUUUUGAUCACUACAGACUGACUUCCAACCUCAUUGGACCGCGGAAUUCAGGAAAACCGAUUGGAAAAUCUGUAAAUUAUACCGAGCGCCAAAAGGCGCCGAAGAGCAUCGAUGCAGAGGGCUCAGUGAUCGGUAGUGAAACUGAUAAGCCGUCGUUCUUUUCGGCGCAAAUCGAAUUCAGGAGUGAAGUGAAGAUCAAAAAGCAGGGAAUUUCGGACCAGGCAGAAACGGUAGGAGAAUGCCGGAACCGAACAUCGAAAGGGAUUCCGACGAUGAAGAGGUGGCACUUGACCUGGGUGAACCGCCAGAAGAGGUGAUGGAGUAUGCGAGAACCAAACUCGGGGAAACGGACGAGGUCAAAUGCCUGACAAUUGAUGAACUCCGGGACAUGAUUUACGAGAGAGGCGAGUGUACGCCACAUCGGAUGGACGAUGCCUUUUUGAUCCGGUUUCUUCGGGCUCGUUACUUCAACGUAAACAGGGCGCAUAGACUGGUAGUGAACUACUGCAACUUCAAGGAUGACCAUCCGGAUAUUCAUCGUGGACUGAAUCCCUUGGACAUGCGGCACAUUGGCGACGAUGACAUAAUGACGGUGCCUGCCGGCCGGACGCAGUGUGGUCGGCGGAUGAUGAUAUUCAGAAUUGGCAACUGGGAUCCCAGGAAGUAUUCUAUAAUCGAGAUAUUCAAGGCGACGGUGAUAGUUCUGGAGCUCGGUGUACUGGAACCGAGAGCUCAGAUCCUUGGUGGUGUCGUUAUAUUCGAUCUCGAAGGUCUGACGAUGGCUCACGCAUGGACAGUGACGCCCCAAGUAGCGAGUAUGGUUUUGGCCCUGAUGGUGACUUCGUUUCCCAUAAAGUCCCAUGCCAUUCACAUCCUGCAUCAGUCCUGGGUAUUCGACGCUAUAUUCGCGGUCUUCAAGCCGCUCCUGGACACCAGGAUGAGGGACAAGAUCUUCUUUCACGGGUCGGACAUGGAGAGUCUGCAUAGACACGUGGACCCAACAUCACUACCAAAAAAAUACGGCGGUACCAGAAACGAACUUCCUUACUACAAGUGGAUCGACUCGUUGAGCAAAAACCCGACGGUUGUUAAGGAGAUGCAGCUGCUCGGCUACAUUGCGUCUGAGGAAAUACUGAAGAAACUCGAGACGUAACCUGACGUCCAAGCAUAUCCUGCAAAAUCAAAAUACCCACAUAUACCGUACAUUUUUUUAUAUUUACAUAUAAAUUCGGGUCAGAAACACAGCAAAUAAACGUUGAUUGUAGCAUCCCA